AUGGGGAACCUACUUAAAGUUUUGACAUGCACAGAUCUUGAGCAAGGGCCAAAUUUUUUCCUUGAUUUUGAAAAUGCUCAGCCUACAGAGUCCGAAAAGGAUGUUUAUAAUCAGGUGAAUGUAGUAUUAAAAGAUGCUGAAGGAAUCCUGGAUGAUUUACAGUCGUAUCGAGGAGCGGGCCUGGAGAUCCGAGAGGCAAUACAACAUGCUACUGAUGAGAAGUUACAGGAGAAGGCAUGGGGAGCAGUCGUCCCUCUGGUCGGCAAACUAAAGAAAUUCUAUGAAUUCUCUCAGAGACUAGAGGCAGCAUUGCGUGGACUGUUAGGAGCGUUGACCAGCACCCCCUAUUCCCCAACACAGCACCUGGAGCGAGAGCAGGCUCUUGCCAAACAGUUUGCCGAAAUUCUUCACUUCACCCUUCGCUUUGAUGAGCUUAAGAUGACAAAUCCGGCCAUCCAGAACGACUUCAGCUAUUACAGAAGAACUCUAAGUCGUAUGAGGAUUAACAAUGUUCCAGCAGAGGGAGAAAAUGAAGUGAAUAACGAACUGGCCAAUAGAAUGUCAUUAUUCUACGCAGAGGCGACGCCCAUGCUGAAAACAUUAAGUGAUGCCACAACAAAGUUUGUAUCAGAGAACAAGAAUUUACCUAUAGAGAAUACCACUGAUUGUUUAAGUACCAUGGCCAGCGUAUGCCGAGUAAUGCUGGAAACUCCGGAGUACAGGAGUCGGUUUACAAACGAAGAGACAGUAUCCUUCUGCCUGAGAGUGAUGGUGGGAGUGAUCAUCCUCUACGACCACGUUCAUCCCGUGGGAGCCUUGCCAAAACAUCAAAGAUCGAUAUGAAAGGCUGCAUCAAGGUUCUCAAGGAACAGCCCCCCAACAGUGUAGAAGGUCUCCUUAAUGCUCUCAGGUACACAACGAAACAUUUGAACGACGAAACUACCUCGAAGCAAAUCAAGGCGAUGCUGCAAUAA